UCAUGCAAGUCCAAAGCACGGCGAGGAGUCCUAUAGCUGUCUUGUGACCAACAACUAAAAAAAAAAAAAAAAUUUAAAAAAGAAAGAAAGAAGAAGAAAGAAGAAGAAGCGCCUUACUUUGUGCGAGCCUCCCCUUUUUUGCGUGUAUUUUUUUUUUGUGCGGGCUGGAUGAAUCCCCCGCGGAGCAGGAGGCGCCUCCUCGUUGCCGUCACUUGUGACAUCUGUGCCGGCAAGACGAUGCCUCUGAGGACGGGACUUUUCCUCCUGAUGGUGCUCCACGCAUCUGCCCACGAGCUGGACCACAACGAGUCCUAUCCGUCCAGGAGGGCGCGCGUCUCCGCCAACAGCCCUGCAGAUGUGGCGCGCUGUCUCAACAGCGCCCUCCAAGUUGGCUGCGGGGCCUUCGCCUGCCUGGAAAACUCCACGUGCGACACAGAUGGCAUGCACGACAUCUGCAAGUCCUUCCUGUACAGCGCUGCUAAAUUUGACACUCAGGGUAAAGCCUUCGUGAAAGAGAGCCUUAAGUGCAUUGCCAACGGCGUCACCUCCAAGGUGUUCCCGAACAUCCGCCGCUGCUCCGCCUUCCAAAGAAUGAUAUCGGAAGUCCAAGAGGAGUGCUACAGCAAGCUGGACAUCUGCACGGUCGCUCGCACCAAUCCUGACGCCAUCGGUGAGGUGGCCCAGCUGCCGAGUCACUUCCCCAACAGGUUCUACGGGAGGCUGCUGCAGAGCCUGAUGGACUGCGACGAGGACACGGUGGAGCGCGUGAGGACCAGCAUGGUGUCUCAAAUGGGCCCGGAGAUGACCAUGCUUAUUCAGCUGCUGCAGAACAAGCCCUGCUCUUCCGCCGCCGCCCCUACGGGAGCCGAGGGCCGCGGGAGCUGGCGCUGGCCCGCGGGUCCCCAUACGUACAAGACCCAGCCUAAUCUGCGAAACAGAGACUCUGCCAGUCCCUUCGGCAAAAAGCGCUCUGCCAGUGACAGCUCCUAACUUGCACUUGGAGUCGCAAAGCUCCUCUAGUCCCUCGGCGGGGGGACUGCAUCCACGCCUCCGCUAGACUGGAAGUUACGAAAAUAUGCACCUCCUGGGACCGCCCAUAGAGUUCACAAAGAGUUGGAUUGUUGCUAUAUUGUGUAUCCUACGUUUAAGGCUUGAGAGACCCCGCCCCCAUUCGAACCCCGUGAAUCACUCCCAGAGCCUUUCGAUCUCCU